GCGAACGAGCAGUCAAAGCGUGUAGGAAGGAGAGAACGAACGAUCAACAGUCGGGUAGGGAAGCACCGCGUGGAAGGGGCAGAGAGCAGGAAACGAGUACGGCUCGGACUACGUAAGACGCGAGGGGAUCGGAGUCGAGUGGCCAACCAGCCCUGGAGUAUCCGAUUUACCAUCGUACCGCAUGGAACAGCACAGUUCGUUCCGGCUCGAUCGUUCGCAGCAUUUACUUAGGAAUCUUCGUCGCAUUUUUACGAACUCCUCUUAAAACGAAGCGUAGCAUCCUCGAUUGCUCGAUCAACUCGUUUUCGUAACAUUUUAACGUGUUCCAAAGGAAAAGUGAGUUUAAAUAUUGCAAUACCCACGGUUCCACUGGCUUGGAUCCAGGACGCGCGAUUUCCCGUGGUUUCACAUUCGCUAAAUCCUUUCAAUCUUGAUCGUUGCACAGCGUAAAAAAGAACGAGAUGAAUAGGCCGGUAGAUCGUUGAUAAAGGCUCUGGUUCCGGAUUGAGUCACUCGAAGAAUCUGUCUAAAAAUUCUUUUGAUAAGAAUACUAAUCUGGCGUCAAUGAACGAACGUUAAUGAAUGUAAGUGAUCGGAGAUACCUUAAUUCAUUGUCGGACCGUUUCGAAAUUGUUUGGCUUGUGCUAAGUGAUAAAGUGGCCAUCUCAAACGAGUGAAGGGAGAAGUGGAAGACGCCUGAAGAAUCUAGAGCAAAUGUUGAGCACGGUGUGAAGGAUGAGAGGACUUGUGAUGAUACUGGAAAAAAAGGACGUUAUUAAGUGAUGUGAAAAAGAGAUAAAUUUGAAUAUUGUUCUUUCUUUUAAAGAGAAAUUGAACCAAAGUUCUUUGGUUCAAUAUAAAUUUACCUUCUGAAGUUGAAUAAUAGAGGGAAAAAAACAUGGAAGAACCAACGACUUCCACAAUUUUAUUGAUAGCAAAGAUAGGAGCAAUGAUUGGUCUUGGUUUCGGUUCCUUGAUCCUGGGAAUGUUACCGUUGAUAGUAGGACGAUACAGAAUCAACCAUCGCCAAAAACGACACCGGGGAAUUUCCAGCAAUUCCAGCACUUGCACUUCGACCUCGGUUUCGAACGCUUCCUCUUCUACCGUUUUCUCCGGAUCUGCAACAGAUUCGCAAGUACGUUUCCGAUGUACGAAGCUAUCGCCAAACAACAUCAGAAAUGUUCAACAAUUUAAUCCUCAACUGGGCCUGCAAACGUCGUUGUUACUUUGCUUCGGAGGAGGGGUCCUCUUAUUCACCACGUUCCUGCAUUUAGCACCGGAAGUUCGCGUCAGCGUGGAGAGACACCAGAAGAACGAUCAACUGCCAACCUUAGGCACGCUUAGUUUGUCUGAAUUACUGUUCUGUGCUGGAUUCUUCCUCGUUUACCUCGUUGAGGAGGCGGUGCACGCAGCGUUGACGGGAAAACCCGAGUCUUCGGAGGCUCUCCUAUAUAGGACAGUCUCUGUACGCAGAUGCAACAAUCAACCAGGUGCAUCGACGACUGCGUCGACAGGUUCAACGACCACGAUGUCCACUACGACCAGGUCUACCUGGAGGGAGGGUAACGAUGAGUUAGAAGAGAAUGAAAACGAAUUGAACAAGCAGUCUAAACACGAUAAAGCGUUACCAGCUAUAUUCGUCCUGUCCUCUCCAACGGGGUUAUCCUCUGAUGAACAUAGUCCAGAGAAUGUGAGAUACCCUUCCGAUACAAAUCUGAACCAAUACCCCAGGACGAAGCAACACGAACAUAAGCACGUCCCUGUGACGAAAAAUACCUCGAUUCAGGGUCUGUUGACCGUUCUAGCUCUCUCUUUCCACGCAAUCUUCGAGGGUCUAGCUGUUGGACUAGAACCCUCUAUCGGUUCCGUGGUUUAUCUAGCUGCAGCUAUAGCCACGCACAAACUGGUCAUCUCAUUUUGCGUUGGAAUGGAAUUAUACGUCGCUGGUGCAUCCACCAGGACAACUCUUAGCUACCUGACGAUAUUUUCCAUGGUCACUCCCAUUGGUAUCGCUGUAGGAUUAGCUCUCGACUAUUUCAAGAACGACAGCGGAAACUUGGGACCAACGCCGACGAUACUUCAAGGAAUGGCAGCCGGAACGUUGCUCUACGUGGUUUUCUUCGAGGUGCUCGCACGCGAAAGAGCUAACGAGAAAAGUGGCCUCCUACAGCUGACCGCCAUAAUUGUUGGCUUCAUGUUAAUGCUGGGCCUGCAAAUCGCCACCGCACAUUCUCAUUCCCAUUCCCAUUCCCAUUCCCAUUCGCAUGGACACUCACAUGGGAACGACACCGACCAUCACCACGAAGAUGAUCACGACCACGAAUUGGAUUCCUACGAAUACAACCAUUCGAAUAAAACAAGCGAACAAAUAUUUACUGAUACAAUUGAUAAGGUAACAGAAAGCAUCGCAGAAACAGUCAGUACUGUUUUAUCUUCCUCGAUGAAAAAUCCAACAAAUACUUCAUUAAGAAUCAGGAAUGGAACGAGUUAAAACUUGUUCGCGCGGGGGUGAAUCCCUUAUUCGCUAAUAAUUACUCUACGAGACAAAUGUCUCUGUGAUUGUUACUUAUUUUUAGAAAUCAGCUAAUCGUACUCCGUACAAUUUACCAAUAAUCUUGGAAAAUUUUUUAAUUUUCUAAUUAGUAGAAAAAAACGAAGAGUCUUCGUCGAAGGAAGACAGUAUUAUAAAUCUUUGGUUUCAACGUGAGAAAGGAGAAUGAUACUAUUUAGUAUGUAUGUACAUUAAAGUAUGGAUGAUAUUUAAAUAGGAAGAUUUACAAAAUACGAUUAAAAGAAGCUGUUAUCUUUAAGAAAAUACAUGUGAUACGGUUCACGAGUAAAUCGUGCAACCGCGUUACUUAUUCUUUUUUUUUUAUAUAAUAUAAAUUGUAUGAAAUAUCUAUACUGAGGACUUUUUUAUAUCGUAACUAGAAAAUCGUAUUUUAAUUGUAUACAUAUACCGAUAUUUAAAUACAUCUUUACAUAAUAUGUAUAUUGCAUGACAUCAUAAUAAAAUAAAACAUGUUUCAGGUAUUCGA